CACCUAACGACCAAGCUGGUGGCUUCGUCUUAUAUCGUGCAUUCAAUUAUUCGCAAGGAGUCUCAGAUCCCGGAGCUCGAAGCACUUGGAUCCAAGCCCAUUGUGCAAAGCAUAGAAGAUUCCAGUGUCAACGACCUCACAGCGACUAUCAAANAACACAGUCCUAAUGUGGUCAUCUGGAGUGCAGGAGCUGGAGGCGGCAGUCCUGAACGCACAAAGGCUGUAGACCAUGAAGGCAGGUCACACUCGGUCUUUGAUGCCACGGCUGCUGCAGGAGUGAAGCGAUUCAUCAUCGUCAGUGCAGUAGACAUCCGCGAUCGUGGCAACAGGCCAAUCCCGGAAUGGUACAACGACAAUGACACUGCCGUUAGCAAGCGAAUGUGGGAUGCAAUUGGUGUCUACUGUCAGGCAAAGCUUGAUGCUGAUCGCGACUUGGUCACCCAAAACGACCGCCGCAAGUUGGACUACACAAUCGUCCGUCCGGGAUCACUCAAUACAGAAAAGGGUUCUGGCAAGAUCGCAGCUGGUAAAGUGCACCUGGGCAACAGCAUCUCCCGAGAGGAUGUUGCCGAGGCCAUUGUGCAAUGCAUCAAGAACCCGUCUACCAUUGGUCUGGCAUUCGAUGUUGUUGGUGGAGAAACCCCAAUCUCUCAAGCUGUGGACGAAGUCGGCAGCAAGAAGAUCGAUACCUUCGAAGGACGCUAC